AUGGAGAGCGAGCGCGACAUGUACCGCCAGUUCCAGGACUGGUGCCUUAGGACUUACGGGGACUCAGGCAAGACCAAGACGGUGACCCGUAAGAAAUACGAACGGAUCGUCCAGCUCCUCAACGGCUCCGAGUCAAGCUCUACCGACAAUGCCAAAUUUAAAUUCUGGGUCAAAUCGAAGGGUUUCCAGCUGGGCCAGCCGGAUGAGGUCCGCGGGGGUGGCGGCGGCGCCAAGCAAGUACUCUUCGUGCGGGUCAAGACUACGGAUGGCGUUGGAGUGGAUGAGAAGCUGUCCUUAAGGCGAGUGGCUGUGGUUGAAGAUUUCUUUGACAUCAUCUAUUCCAUGCAUGUGGAAACAGGGCCGAAUGGAGAACAAAUUCGGAAACAUGCUGGGCAGAAGAGAACUUACAAAGCAAUUUCAGAGAGCUACGCCUUCCUACCAAGAGAAGCGGUGACAAGGUUUCUAAUGAGCUGUUCCGAGUGUCAGAAAAGAAUGCACUUGAACCCAGAUGGAACCGACCACAAAGAUAAUGGAAAGCCUCCUACACUGGUGACCAGCAUGAUUGACUACAACAUGCCAAUCACCAUGGCGUACAUGAAGCACAUGAAGCUGCAGUUGCUAAACUCACAGCAAGAUGAGGAUGAAAGUUCUAUAGAAAGUGAUGAAUUUGAUAUGAGUGAUUCAACAAGGAUGUCAGCCGUGAACUCUGACCUUAGCUCGAAUCUGGAAGAAAGAAUGCAAAGUCCCCAGACUCUCCAUGGCCAGCAAGAUGAUGACUCUGCCGCAGAGAGCUUUAAUGGCAAUGAGACUCUGGGGCACAGCUCAGUCGCUUCAGGAGGGGCUCAUGGCAGGGAGACUGGGGACUCCAGCAGUGAUGGCAAAACUGGGCUGGAACAAGAAGACCAGCCACUGAACUUGAGCGACAGUCCCCUCUCCGCACAGCUGACUUCAGAAUACAGGAUAGAUGACCAAGGCAGUAAUGGGAAAAACAAGUACAAGAACCUUCUAAUCUCCGACCUCAAGAUGGAACGAGAAGCAAGAGAAAACGGAAGCAAGUCCCCAGCACACAGCUACUCCAGCUACGACUCUGGCAAGAAUGAGAGUGUGGACCGGGGUGCAGAGGACCUGUCACUCAACAGGGGAGACGAGGAUGAAGAUGAUCAUGAUGAACACGAGGAUGCUGAGAAGGUGACCGAGACAGAUGGUGUGGAAGCCGAGAGGCUGAAAGCGUUCAAUAUGUUUGUCAGGCUGUUUGUAGAUGAAAACUUGGACCGAAUGGUCCCAAUCUCUAAGCAGCCCAAAGAAAAGAUCCAGGCUAUCAUUGACUCAUGCAGGCGACAAUUCCCUGAGUAUCAAGAGCGUGCCCGAAAACGUAUCCGUACUUACCUCAAGUCCUGCAGGCGGAUGAAAAGAAGUGGUUUUGAGAUGUCUCGACCUAUCCCUUCCCACCUUACUUCAGCAGUUGCAGAGAGUAUCUUGGCUUCAGCCUGUGAAAGCGAGAGUAGAAAUGCUGCCAAGAGGAUGCGUCUGGAUAAACCCCAGGAUGAAGCUACUCCCACUGAAAAACAGUGCAAGCCUGAGGCAGCCCAGGCCACCUACUCAACAUCUACUGUUCCAGGCUCACAGGAGGUAUUGUACAUCAAUGGCAAUGGAACCUACAGUUACCAUAGUUACCGAGGGCUAGGAGGAGGACUGCUCCUGAAUGACACUUCUAGUAGUGGACCCACGGAUCUCAGCAUGAAGCGGCAGCUGGCAACUGGUUCAGGAUCUUCCAGCAGUUCCAAUUCCAGGCCUCAGCUGAGUCCAACAGAAAUCAACGCUGUGAGACAGCUUGUCGCAGGGUACCGAGAAUCGGCUGCGUUCUUAUUGCGCUCUGCAGAUGAACUGGAAAAUCUCAUUUUACAACAGAACUGA